ACCCCUCGAGUCUUCUCCUUACCCCCUCUCCCACAUGCCUCAAAGUUCUCUCCCGGUACUUCUGAGGCUUCUUUAUCUGUUCCUUCUACCGACAGUAACAGCUCGAGUCCGAUUUUGGCGAUCAAGCUUGCUCGUAAUGGCCAUCUUAUUGGUAUAAUUACGCGCUCAGUCCUAUAUGUUUAUCAAAACAGACCAUUCGUACCUGUUGCGAUAGCCCUACGCACACCGUCUUCUAUCCAAACAUACGGCGAAAAUGUGGAUAUCCUAAUCAGACCCGAUAGCCAGUUAUUUGUGGUCCAAACAUCGUCAGGCUACUUCCUCACCUACAACAUAACCCAGAAUCUCAAUAAUCGGGUCGGGAAGCUUAACUUUGAGACCACAAAUUCGCUCCCUCAUAUCUUGCCCGGUCCAGGUGAAGAUCAUGGUGCACUCGAGGAAAACAUUAGAUUUCGCAUGGUCAUCAAGGUUGACGCUGGAAUCGACUGUGCUAUCGCUCUCGAAGAUGAACUUCUGGUGCUCACGACCUCACCUCCCGCAGCUCAACUAAUUCGCUGGACUCCAGAUGCCAAGGGCGGUCCACAAACUCGAACGGAGUUACUUUCGCACAUGGAAUGGUUUCAAUACAGGGAGCGAAUUACAAACAUUGUCUAUGAGCGUGCAAUGGGUUUGUUCGGUUGGAUCAGCAGUAAUGGCAAAGGGUGGGCAGUAGUCAAGACUCCGACACUUACAAAUCCGACUUCGCAAUCCUCAUCGCACGACCAUAAUGGGCGACCGAAAUCAGCUGAUGACCGCGGUUUUGUUCGGAAAAUCGCCAUAAAUUCUCGAUUUAGUCUGAUUGGUGUUGGAACUACCGGUGGAUCUAUUUACUUGUACAACGUCAAAGACUACUCUGGUCACAUACCCUUGCUUCGCGAACUCAAGUCUCCAUUCCCCUCAUUCGGGACUGUUACAGUACUGACCUGGUCCCCCGAUGGCUAUUCUCUUUUUGCCGGAUACGAGCGUGGGUGGGCACUAUUUUCCGUCAACGGAAAGAUCCAGGGACAUUCGAUGCUUUCUGAAGACGGCAAAUUUCAGAAAGAACCGUGGCUGUCUGGGGCCAAAGAUGCGAUAUGGACGUCGAACGGAGGAGAGCUAAUAAUAGUUCCGUACAAUAGCGCUGAACUAUGGACAGUUGAGAUGGCUCGCUGGAGUCUCUGUAGCAACUAUAGUUCGGACAAUUUGACGCGAACACUUUUAUUCACAAACGAGAAACUAGUUCUUUACAGAGGUCAAGACCAGUCAGAUCUUACAACAAUAUCUCACGAAGCGAUUCUGUGGCAAGAAGUUGCGAUCCCCUAUACAUAUCUCUCUCAGUACUGGCCUAUUCAGCAGGCAUGCAUAUCCGGCGACGGCAGAUACAUUGCGAUUGCAGGAAAGAAGGGCUUGGGUCAUUAUAGCGUUUACUCUGGACGGUGGAAAUUUUUCGUGGAUGAGCGAAUGGAAAGCAAUUUUACAGCGCACGGAGGAAUGCUCUGGUUUGAAAAUGUUCUGAUCGUCUGUGUUACUACAGUACAUAGUACUCACGAGAUUCGAGCUUAUUCCCGAGAAAACGAAUUAGACGAUGCGCUAGUGCUCCACAGCCAGGCUGUCCCUUCUUCUAUCAUUCUGAUGACCCUCGUUGGCGACUCCUUGCUGGUCUACACGUAUACCAACACACUUUACCAAUUUGUCAUCAACUCCAACGCUUUCAGCUUCCGUCUUGAACUAGUCGGGCAGGUGUCAUUUACCGGAAUCGUGCACGCUCCCGCAAGAGUCCGAGCAAUAAACUGGAUCCUGCCUGACAAUCAACUCCGAAGCGGCAACCCGGUCAAUGAUAUCUCGCAAGCGACGAUUGUUUUUCUGAUUGAUGGAAAACUGGUGGUUCUCCACCCGAUGCAGCAAGGAGGAGAUUUGAAGUACGGCAUGAAGGUUUUGAUGCAAAAUAUAGAGUACUACACGAUCGCAACCAAGGGCCUUCUGAAGAACAGCAUUUGGGCCUUUGAUGGAACGGAUGUUGUUGUCUGGCUGGAGGAGAUGUUUAGCAACCCAAAGAGUGAUGCGAUUCCUGAUCCCAUCAGAAUUGAGGUUGACUUCUAUCCUCUCUCCUUCUUGUUGGACAAAGGCAUCAUUAUCGGAGUCGAGACAAAUCUGAUCCAUCGAAGGAACGUCUCGUUCACAUACUCUGCCAACACUACGAGAACACAUCUUUUCAUCCACCAGAUAUUGAGAUACUAUCUUGCGAACUCGCAAGAGUCAGAAGCUCUCACGAUUGCGAGAUCAUUCAAGCAUCUUCAGUACUUUGGACAUGCUCUCGAAAUGAUGCUCCAUGACGUUCUCGAUGAAGAAGCCGAUAAUCCUCCACCGCCAGAUCAAGCCCUCUUGCCCAGAGUCAUUCAUUUCUUACGAAACUUCCCCGAGAUGCUCGAUGUUCUUGUUGGUUGCACCAGAAAGACAGAAAUGGCGUCUUGGAACACUCUCUUUGAUAUCGUGGGAUCCCCCAAAGACCUGUUUGAACAAUGCAUGUCUUUGGGUCGUCUGAAAACUGCUGGCGGUUACCUUCUCAUUCUGCACUCCCUAGAGCAGCACGAAGACACAUCUUCAGACAUGAUAAGAUUAUUCUCAGCUGCAGUUGAAAAGGAGGACUGGGACUUGUGCAAAGAACUUGCACGGUUCUUAACCGCUUUAGACAACUCUGGGAAUACUCUACGGCAAGCGCUCAAGUCUAUAAAUCUAGCAGUCGGCAAUGGCGAGAAU